AUGGGAGGGAUUGGCAAAACCACACUUGCUCAACUUGUUUAUAGCAAUCCCAAAAUAGUAGAGCACUUUGAGUUAAGGAUGUGGGUGCAUGUUUCUAGUAGCUUCAGCGAUAUGGAAUUCACAAGAGAGAUCUUAGAAUGCGCAUCUGAUGACAAACACGAAUUCGACGGUGUAAAGAACUUUGACAGGCUACAAUCAGCAAUCAAGGAGAAGUUAAUGCGAAAGAGGUAUCUGUUAGUGUUAGAUGAUGUGUGGAAUCAAGAGAAUAGUAGUAAGUUAUCAGUGAUGGAAAGAUGGGCCAAACUUUUAGCACCAUUGAAAGCUGGCAAAAAUGGAAGCAAGAUCCUAAUGACCACACGAUCUAGAGUGGUAUCAGAGAUGUUAACUGCAAGGAACUCGAUAAAUUUGAAGGGUCUGAGUGAUCAAGAUUGCUGGUCCUUGAUCAAGGAGAUCACAUUUUCUGGUGCAAAUCCUGUGGAGGAACUCAAACUUGAGGAGAUUGGCCAGAAAAUAGCUCAAAGGGCGAAGGGAUCGCCUUUAGCAGCAAAGGCAGCAGCAAUAAUACUGAAAAAUAAGCAAAAUGCUGAAGAAUGGAAGAUGAUGCUGGAAGGAAAGAAUUUAUACAGCGAUAUCAUACCCAUUAUGAAACCAAGUUACGAUAACUUACCUGCUCAUCUGCAGCGGUGCUUUGCAUAUUGCAGCAUAUUUCCUAAAUGCUGGAAGUUUUCUGAUGAUUUGAUUCACCUCUGGAUGGCACAAGGGUACAUCCAACCCAAAAGCAAGGAUGCGAGGAUGCAAGAAAUUGGACAAGACUACAUGGAUGAACUGGUUUGCAGAUCAUUUUUCGAAGUGGAGAAGAAGGAAUUUGUCACCCACUAUGUCAUACCUGAUCUAUUGCAUGAGAUGGCAUGUGCUAUUUGCAAGGACGAAUGCAUCAGAGUUGAAGAUAAUGAACCCACAAAUAUUCCACCAUCAAUCCGUCACCUGUUCAUCAAGUCCGAACAAUUUGCAGCCGUCACAGAUGUGUACCAGUUUCAUAACCUGCGGACACUCAUCUGCUGCAGUGAAAUCCAGUCUAAUGUUCAUAAUGUUCUUGAAGAUGUUCUUAAGAACUUGAAAAGCAUUCGGGUACUGGAUUUAUCAAAUUGCAAGAUGGAUGAUUUGCCAGAAGCUAUAUGCCACUGUAUACAUUUACGCUACCUGAAUCUUUCAGCAACUUCUAUUCGACAACUUCCUGAAUCACUCUGCAGGCUCUACCACCUACAGGUGCUGAAUUUGCUUGGAUGCAGCCUUCUUAGUUUACCUUCAUGUAUGAACAGGCUGGUAAAUUUGAGGCAUCUUGCUGCUGCUCAUCAAUUAGUUUCCGAUAUAGCAGAAAUUGGGAGAUUGAUAUGCCUUCAGAGACUAGAAGUUUUCAGAGUCAGAUAUGAAAUUGGAUACAAAAUAGAAGAACUGAAGGACUUGAAUGAGCUUCAAAAAUCACUUCAUAUAAGGAAUCUAGAGAAUGUUCAGAGCAAGAAUGAGGCAAGUGAGGCCAUGUUACACAUGAAAGGUCAUCUUAGUGGGUUGCAGUUACAUUGGCUACCUUCGCAGAGGAAUCACAUGGUGGAUGCUGAAGUUCUUGAAGGCCUUCGACCUCAUCAAAACCUGAAAAGGCUGGAAAUCAUUGGUUGCAGAGGAAACAUGUAUCCUACCUGGCUAGAGACUGAAUGGCUCACCAAUCUUGAGAUCAUUUAUUUAAGUGGCAAUGAAAAUUGGGGGUGUCUCCCCCCACUAGCACAGUUGCCUUCACUGAAAGUGCUCUGGAUACAAGGACUGCACUCGGUAAAGCGGAUCGGCACAGAGCUCGUUGGAACUGAUGAGAAGGCACUUAAAUGGUUGGAAGAGUUGGUACUUGAUGACAUGCCACAACUUGAGUGUUUGGAGGGAAGACAAAUGUUUCCACAUCUAAAGAGUGUCGUGAUCAAGGAUUGUAACAAGCUCAAGACAUUACCACCCUUACCUUCCAGUCUUACUGAGCUGACUGUUCUGAAUCAAGGUUUCUGGUUACCUUACUAUGACGAUAUGAGGAUGGGAAAGUCUCCAUCAGUAGUUUCAUCACUGUGCAUUUACAAUUGCUCUUUGCUCAUUGCUGAAUUCAGUGUUCUACUACUGCAAGAAACAUUGUCAUCACUGCGAACUCUCUGUAUUGGUGAUCUAUCAUUGCUCACAGGACUAAUUAUACGAAAAAACUUAGCUCGUCUUCAAAAUCUAGACAUCCAAAAUUGCCUCGAGAUAACUUUGUUGACGAUUGAACAAGAAAAAGCGUUCGAGAAUCUCACUGCCCUUAAAAGCCUGUGCUUCAGUGGCUGUGCCAAUCUGCAGUACCUCCCAGAGUUAAGAGGCCUUCACUCACUUGAGAAGUUAAUCAUCUUAAAUUGUCCCUUGAUUCAGUCGCUGCCGAAGAAGGGACUGCCUUCUUUGCUGAAAGUGUUGGAAAUCGACUCAUGCCAUCCAUUGCUGAAGGAGGGUUUCAGAAACAAUUGUGCUGACUACUGGUUAAGUAUCAAGCAUGUCCCCCGAGUCGAGAUUGAUGGAGAGAUGAUUCAGGAAAAUGCUAGUGGAAAUUAA